UUGUGGAGACGAAGUCAACGCGUGGGGCAUUGAUGGGAGAUAGGCCGCUUUGUUAAAUCAUGACUCAAGGAGCUGUUUGCGCGCAGGAAAUGGAGUGGCACCCAAGUGAAGAUGGCCUGAAGCAGAUAUUGCAGUUGUUGAAGGAAUCCCAGUCUCCUAAUACGGAAACGCAGACGGCUGUGCAACAUAGACUUGAAGAGCUUAACAAGUACCCAGACUUCAACAACUUCUUGGUAUUUGUUCUCACAAAGCUGAAGACUGAGGAUGAAGCUACUCGGUCACUCAGUGGGCUGAUACUCAAGAACAACGUUCGGACAUACUUUCAGAAGCUGCCACCUCAGGUGGCCAACUUUAUCAAGCAGGAAUGCUUGAACGCAAUAGGAGACCCUUCGCCCCUUAUCAGGGCCACCAUAGGUAUUUUAAUCACGACGAUCACGCAGAAGGGCGAGCUGACGUCGUGGCCGGAGCUGCUUCCCCAGCUGUGCAAUCUGCUCGACUCGGAGGACUACAACGUGUGCGAGGGAGCUUUCGGAGCGCUGCAGAAGAUUUGCGAGGACUCGACCGAGAUGCUGGACAGCGAGGCGCUGCCCGACCGACCGCUCAACGUGCUGAUUCCCAAGUUCCUGCAGUUUGUCAGGCACAACAGUCCAAAGAUCCGGUCGCACGCCAUCGCCUGCGUCAACCCGUUCAUCAUCAACCGGACCCAGGCGCUGAUGGUGAACAUCGACACGUUCGUGGAAAACCUGUUCCACUUGGCGGCCGACGAGGACGCCGAGGUGCGCAAGAACGUGUGCCGCGCGCUGGUGAUGCUGGUGGAGGUGCGCAUGGACCGGCUCAUCCCGCACAUGAACAACAUCAUCGAGUACAUGCUGCUGCGGACCCAGGACCCGGACGAGACGGUGGCCAUCGAGGCGUGCGAGUUCUGGCUCUCGCUGGCCGAGGAGCCCGUAUGCAAGGAGGCGCUGGCGCCCCACCUCAACCGGCUCAUACCGGUGCUGGUGCGCGGCAUGAAGUACUCCGACUUCGACAUCAUCCUGUUGAAGGGUGACGUGGAGGAGGACGCGAUGGUGCCGGACCGGGACGAGGACAUUCGGCCGCGCUUUCACCGCUCGCGCACCCACCAAGUGGAGCACGAGAGCAACGGCGCCGGCGAGGCCAGCAGCGGCCUGGAGGACGCCGACGACGCCGACGACGGAUACGACGAGGAGGGCUCGCUCUCCGACUGGAACCUGAGGAAGUGUAGCGCCGCCGCCCUGGACGUGCUGGCCAACGUGUUCCACGGCGACCUGCUGCCUGUGCUGCUGCCCAUCCUGAAGGAGACGCUCUUCCACCAGGAGUGGGUGGUCAAGGAGUCGGGCAUUCUGGCACUGGGAGCCAUCGCCGAAGGCUGCAUGGGCGGCAUGAUCCCGCACCUGCCGGAGAUCGUGCCGUACCUCAUCAACUCGCUGUCGGACAAGAAGGCGCUGGUGCGCUCCAUCACCUGCUGGACACUCAGCCGCUACUCGCACUGGGUGGUGCAGCAGCCGCACGAGCAGUACCUGAAGCCGCUCAUGGCCGAGCUGCUCAAGCGCAUCCUGGACCCGAACAAGAAGGUGCAGGAGGCGGCGUGCUCGGCGUUCGCCACGCUCGAGGAGGAGGCGUGCACGGAGCUGGUGCCCUACCUCGGCUUCAUCCUGCAGACGCUCGUGUACGCCUUCAGCAAGUACCAGGCCAAGAACCUGCUGAUUCUGUACGACGCCAUCGGCACGCUGGCGGACUCUGUCGGCGUUCACCUGAACAAGCCCGAGUACAUCGACAUGCUCAUGCCGCCGCUCAUCGUCAAGUGGAACGUGCUCAAGGACGAGGAUAAGGACCUGUUCCCGCUGCUCGAGUGCCUCUCGAGCGUUGCCACGGCGCUGCAGAGCGGCUUCCUGCCGUACGCCGAGCCCGUGUUCCGGCGCUGCGUCUCGCUGGUGGAGCAGACCAUCAACCACACCGUGGCGAACCAGCAGAACCCCCAGCAGGUGGACGCGCCCGACAAGGACUUCAUGAUUGUGGCGCUGGACCUGCUGUCGGGCCUGGCCGAGGGGCUGGGCGCGCACAUCGAACCGCUCAUCAAAUCGUCCAACCUGAUGCAGCUGUUGUACCAGUCUAUGCAGGACUUCAUGCCGGAAGUGCGCCAGAGCAGCUUCGCGCUGCUCGGUGACCUCACCAAGGCCUGCUUCCAGCAUGUGGUGCCGUGCAUCGCCGACUUCCUCAACAGCCUGGCGCAGAACCUGAACCCGGAGCUGAUCUCGGUCUGCAACAACGCCACCUGGGCCAUCGGCGAGAUCGCCGUUAAGAUGGGUGCUGAUAUGCAGGCGUACGUGCCGAUCGUGCUGCCCCAGCUGAUCCUGAUCAUCAAUCGUCCCAACACGCCGAAAACGCUUCUCGAGAACACGGCCAUAACUAUUGGUCGGAUGGGGCUUGUCUGUCCCAAGGAGGUGGCGCCGCAUUUGCAGCACUUCAUUCGCCAGUGGUGCACCUCGUUGCGCAACAUCCGCGACAACGAGGAGAAGGACUCGGCCUUCCGUGGCGUGUGCCACAUGAUCACGCUCAACCCGAGCGGCGUGAUCUCUGACUUCAUCUUCUUCUGCGACGCCGUCGCCAGCUGGGUCAACCCCAAACCCGACCUCAAGGAGAUGUUCCACCACAUCCUGCACAGUUUCAAGGACCAGGUGGGCGAGGAGAACUGGCGCCGGUUCAGCGACCAGUUCCCGCCCAUGCUGAAGGAGCGGCUGGCCGUCAACUACAAUGUGUGAGGCGCGUGCUGUUAGGUAUCUCAAAUGUAGGCGGCCGCCGACGGCGCGCCGCCUGGGAGGGCGGUGUGGGGGCGACAUAUCAGACCUGGACGGGGAGGGAUCGCGGCGCUAUGUUAAGACACCGGCUGCGGCUGUCCCGGCGCGCGGGACGGCUGUCGCACCUAUGUAUAGACGGCGUGUCUCCUCUGCUCUCCCGAUGUUGCCGGCUGGAACUCGGCUGCGUGUUUUAGUCUCCUCCGACGCGCACGCGCGCGCGUGUGCCUGAUGUGUAGGGUGAGCAGCCCCCGCCACUAACCGCCGGGUGGGGUGGGGUGGGGCGCGGACUUCGCGGGCCGGGGAUCGCGCGCGCGGCCAGGCCGGCACAACGCUCCCGCUUACCAGUGCUGAAGUGCCUUGGCUGUGAUGACGUUCGAGCGGUUCAGUGUUCGCGGGCCAAAUCUGUACCAUAGUCGCGUUUGGUUGUUCCAUUCUGCGCGCGGCGGAUCGCGCGCCGCCGCCGUCGCCGGCCGUCCGGUAUCGUUUCUACCGUCGUCGCGUUGCGCGUGCCGUCGGAUCCGACGCGUCGUCGUACUGUGAUAGGUCGCCGAACGCUCGUGUUUUAACGUAUUUCAGGGACUCGUCGUUCACGUGUAUUUAUGUUGACUGCGUGCAUGAGCGUAUUUUUUAUUUGUCAUUUUGUCGCUGUGGGUCGGUCGGUCGCGAGUUCGGUACGCUGUCUCGUCGCGUCGCGGGGUGGGGCCGGAAACUCAGCUCUCGCGCGCUCUCUCGCGGGGUGGGGUGGCGCGGUACCACCGCCGGCCCGCCGGCCGGCUACCCUUUCCCCUCAGACCUGCACACCCGGACGGGCUCACCGGUAGGCGCAGCCGCUCACACGUAACACUCGCAUGCGCGUGGAUGUGCGCGCGACAGGGCGGGCGUGCGCCCGGCCGCCGGCGCGCGCACCCGUCGUGCCUCAUAUUACUAGUUCCUGUACAAACGCCUGUGUGUAGGCAUUGUUACAGACGUGAUUGUGCACUUGCCUUGCGAUGCCUCAGCAUGCUUUCUACGUGUUUCAAGUAAUCGUCGUCGGUUACCUGUAGAUGUAACUAUUCCACACGUGUAUGUUCCGAUAGUCCUGUGAUAGGAGCGCCGCGAUGACCGGGCGGGCCGCGGUGCUCAGGUCAUGUGAUUUUACGCUUAGGAAUGUGUGCGCGCGUGACUUGAAUAAGCUUUCGUCCUCGCUGCUGGCAGGCUGCUGUCAGCAGGGCUG